AUGCGUAUAUUUAUGGAUUACAUAGUUCUGGGAAAACAUUGUCAUUUGGAAGAACGUAGUACAGGACAGGAUAUAUUAAACCCCUUUCUUUUCUAUUCAUUGCCAUAUGCGCACCAAGCGGCUUCCUUCCUUGGCAACAAGCAUGGCUGCCCUGAAGGCGAAGAAGAAAUUAUUACUAAUGGGGCUAGUUCAAAGAAGAGAAAAUUGGCAAUGGUCUCUGUGGAUCAUCCUAUGUUCUUAUGGAAAAACCUGGAAAGCUAUAGGGAGAUGGUUGCGCGUUUUAUUUGUUCAGAGAAGAAAACAAUUGGUGUGGCAGAUGGUGUGGGUGGUUGGUGCAAAACAUAUGCAGGAGAAUCUGCUAGACACUUCAUGAGCAUUGCUGAAACUGCAGUAGUCUUUGUUGAAGGAUCCUCCACCGCUUGCAUUUUAACAAUAGAUCAGGACAAUGGCUUGACAACAGUGAACAUGGGAGAUGGUGGAUUUAUGUUGAUUAGAAACGGUGGAGAUGUAUACAAAUCAUCAAUUCAGCAAUAUUCUUUCAACUACCCUUAUCAGCUGCAGGAUCAUGACAGAGUAGAACCCCUUGUGGCGCACAGCGUUUCAGUGCAGGUGAUGACACCUCCAGUUGAAGUAGGGGAGGUCAUUGGUGCUGGCACUGAUGGGCUGUUUGAUAGCUUGCAUCCGAGGCAACUAGAAGAGCUUGUUAAGACAGAUUGA